AUGACGGUCGAGCCGCUCUCAUCCAAUGUAGUCAACUAUCUCGUCUGGCGAUAUCUGCAGGAGGCCGGCUACGGCAACGCCGCCCUGCAUCUCUCGCGCUGCUGGAUCCGCGACCCCCAGACGCUGCCCUUCGCGCGCGACGUCCAGCCGCACACGCUCGUCAAUCUGCUGCAGGACGGCCUGUGGUUCGACAAGCUGCAGGCCGAGGCUGCCAACGUUGACCAACGCUACCACUUUGGCCGCGACCACGGCCAGCCCUACUCGGUGCGCAACGGCGCCCUCCUCACCCUCGACCAAGGCAUCCCCGCCCACGAGCUCGCCGAGCAGGCCAAUGGCGCUGUCCAGGAACCGCCGCCCAAGAAGAGCGUGAAAAGCAGGAGGAAAGCAAAGCCGAAUGGCGUUGCGCCGGAGCCGCGCGCUCCUGAGCAGGUCAAUGGCGAUGCCAUGGACAUCGACGCCAAUGGCGCCAACCACGUCGCUCCCAGCGUGAACAGCGUGCGGGCCGAGUCCGAAGCGGUAGCUUCAGAGGCCGACUCUCCGACGGUCGCUGAAAUUCCCAUCUCGACUCUCAGCAUCGGCCAGAGUACUGACGUGCAGACCGAGGUCAUCACGGAUCUUGCGCCCGACACCAUCUUCAUUCCCAACCUCGAGGACGCAGAGAGAGUCGUAGAACAUACCUCGUGGGGACCUCCGGAUGCCCCUGUGCUGCUCACUGCUGGCAAAUCGCUUCUCAACAUCCAGGUCAUUCCGCGAGAUGCCGAUAACAUCACUGCAACCGCCGUCCCGCCUCUCGCUCUCAAGUUUCCCAUGGACAAAUACACUGUGACUGCAUUGUGCUGGAUCUCAGGCGAGGACAUCGCUGUAUCCGCUCGCGAAGAAAUAGCCAACGAGACAGGCGAGAAGAUGAUGAUAGACAAGCUUGUCAAGAUCACAGAGGCGGGAGAUGAUUACCAAGUAAUCUCGUCGACUGCCGGACUCGUUAAUACCUUGAGAUGGAACAGAAAGAAGGAGAUGCUGCUAAGCAUAUCGACCGAUGGAGAGCGUGGAUCCAUUAAGAUCUGGAAAAACCACGACGACUCUAUCCCGGCCUGGGCUGAGUUCACCGACACGGUGAUAUUUGAUGCGCUUUGGAUUAGUGACUCGGCCUUUGUAGUGUGCGGCAUUGAGCUUUUCAAGAUUUACGAGAUUGACGAAAUUUUGAAGGUUCAACGGACACUCGAUACCAGGGUUCAGUGGGAGACGCUCAAGUUCGAACCGUGCUCGGGCAUCAUUGCCGCGCUCGGCACCGUUGAAAGGGACACCAGUGUUCUGGGCUAUAUCAAUCCGCGCAGCCCACACGAUUUACAGACACACCAAUACCCAGACCAGUACGCUACAGAUCUCGACUUCCGCAAACGCACCGAUACUGGCGGCGUAGGUCUCUCCUCACCCGGCGCAACCUCGGAUUCAACAGUGCUGCUGACUACGUCCUCGAUGACCGGGCCCGUUCGCAUAUGGGAUGCCAAUGCACCAACCAGGUGCCUCAAGACACUUCCUACCACCGACCAGAGGGAAACUUUCAAAAUCGCAUUCUCCCCCGAUGGCAACUUAUUGGCCGCAGCAGGUCCUGAUGCGGUCACCAUAUGGGAUGUGGACAGGAGAGACGUGCCAAUCGCAACUUGUCGCACUCGUGAAUGGGGCAUGGACAAGUGGAACCCUGGAGUGGAUGGCGAGUUCAGCCUAGGAUGGGAUCCGGACAGCUCGAGAUUGUCUGUCGCCCUCGGUAACCAGAUUGCAAUUAUCCCAGUGACCAGGUAG